UAUAUGCUUAGAAUUGUCUCUCUGCGCGCAGAUUCUAUCCACGAAUGAAAAUGGGCCAGAUACUUGCUUUUCUUGAAGUUAAGCCUGGCUAUGGGACAUUUGCAUAUGAUUUCCAUAUUUUGAAGAAUGCAAAACCUUCUGCAGAAGAUAAAGUGCGGUUAUUUGUGGCUCAAACAGAUAAUAUUGAGACAUCUUCAUGUAUCACAACACCCCCACAAGUGAACUUUCUGUUAAAUGGAAAAGGAGUGGAUAAAAGGACUAAUGUGUUCAUGGACACUGGUCCACAGCUUCCAACUGUCGUGAUGCAUAUGCUUAAAUAUGGAACAAAUCUUCUUCAAGUUGUGGGUCAGUUUAGUGGAAACUAUAUCAUAGUGGUUGCCUAUAUGGGCGUGAUUUCAAACCUUGAUCGUCCUGUCCUACAAGAUUGUGUUCAGCCUGCUGUUGCUGCACUGGAUUCAGAUUCUGAGAUUAUUGAAGGGCCAUCACGAAUUUCACUAAAUUGUCCAAUAAGGUAUGCCAUUAUAUGUGUUGCCGACAAACUUUGCUGUUCAUUUAUCUUCCGAGUUCAAGUACAAAGAGAGGAAAUUCAAGCACAAAAUAAAGAGAUAGGGAAGAUGAAUGGGUCGAUUGACGAGCAUUUUGAGAUCACAUCAAGCAUCAUGGAGUUUCUUAAGAAGCAAGGUUUCAAAGGACAAUUUAGAGGAUGAGGUAUCCCAUGAACUCGUACGUCGCCUUUUUGAUUGGUUUUGAUGACGUUCGGGAGCAUACUUGCAAAUGAAGAUCAACUGUUGAAUUUUUUUUCCUAAACUGAUGCUUAGUUGUAGUUGCAAAUCAAGAUUGAGUAUUGAUUUUUUUUUGUGGACUCCACGUUAGUUCAUUUUGGGAUUUGCUUUGAUGGUUUUUUUGUGA